GCAGUUUCUCUGAGCGUCUACGUGACAAGGGUUAAAACAAAGAAUCCUAUUGGCCGAGGAGAAAGCGAGUCGCUUUUUAAUUGGCCCAUUGCCCCCGCUGCUUUGACUCCUUCCUUUCUGUUCAUCAAGUUUGGUUGAGUUGUUAAAGAGUUCAUGUCAGACUUAAAGAAGCGUGAAAAACUCGCGCCUUCACACAUAAUGAGCGUAGAUCCACAGCAGAGUGAGAUGGCGGCGCUGGUGGACAACGACACGAGCUUCAUUCAGAAGAGAAACCCCAGCAGCACAGCUCCAGACUCGCAGCAGCCGUCCCCUUUAGCACUGCUGGCUGCCACCUGCAGUCGGAUAGAUGAAAACGACGCGGCAGAACAGCAGUCGCGCCAGAGCCAGGACUCCCAGAUCGAGCUCCAGCAGCCCCAUCUGACCCACAGCAGUAACGGCUGGCAUGUGGUCCCUGCAGGCGCUCCGGUGUCCAGCAGCUCUCACAGCACCGGAGCCCUGCUGCAGCCGCAGUAUGUGAUGGCCUCCUCUCAGAACCUGCAGGCUGCUCCGGUCCUCAGCGCCCUCUCUGGGGUCAUGCCGGGCGUCCAGUACCAGAUGAUCCCGCAGUUCCAGACCGUGGACGGACAGCAGCUCCAGUUCACUCAGACGGCUCCGGAGGUGUCCACAGCGGGUCAGUUUCAGCUGGUGACAUCUCCCAGCGGGAAUCAGCAGCUCAUCGCUGCCCCCAGCAGAGCUUCUGGAAACAUCCUGACUGUCCCUGGCCUCUUCCAGCAAGCCAUCCCACUGCAGAACCUCAGCCUGAGCGGAGCGGUGCUGCCCAAUCAGGCGCAGUUCCUGACCAACAUGCCGCUCAAUGCCAACAUCACGCUCCUGCCGGUGGGCUCUGUAAGUGACGCAAACGCUGGAGGAGCUCAUCAGCAGCUGCUCCAGAGCACCACAGCAGCAGAGUACUGCACCACCUCCACCAGCACACAGACCACUGCGCCGGGAGGCGUCCUAACGCUCGCCCAGAGCAACACAUCAGAGCCAGGGAAGCCCUUCCAGAACACGUCCGGAGAUGGACCGAAAGUGAGUCAGGCUCAGAUCGUCAUUCAGCCGCAGCAGGUGCUGCAGAGUGUCUCGGCCGGCGGCCAGGUGUUCGCCACACAGAGCCUGUCUCAGGACGGACUGCAGAAUGUUCAGAUCCAGACCAUCGCCAACGGCAGCCCCAUCCUGAUCCGCACCGUCGGGCCGAAUGGACAGGUCAGCUGGCAGACGCUUCAAUUGCAGAGCCCCGCUAACACCCAGAUCACGCUAGCACAGCCCGGCACGCUCUCAGGCCUGCAGACCAUCAACCUGAACACACUGGGAAACACAGGGCUGCAGAUGCACCAGCUGCAGGGGGUUCCCAUCACCAUCACCAACACAGCGGGCGAUGCGAGCGGGACCGCGGGGGACGCUCUGGAGGACAGCGGUGCGCUGGAGGAGAAUAUGGAGAGCAGCCCGACGCCCAGCAGCAGACGCACACGCAGAGAAGCCUGCACCUGUCCCUUCUGCAAAGAUGGAGAGGGACGCAGUGACCCCAGUAAGAAGAAGCAGCACAUCUGUCAUAUUCCCGGAUGUGGGAAGGUGUAUGGGAAGACGUCUCAUCUGCGGGCACACUUGCGCUGGCACACUGGAGAGAGGCCCUUCGUGUGCUCCUGGUCCUUCUGCGGGAAACGCUUCACCCGCUCCGAUGAGCUGCAGCGGCACAAGAGGACACACACAGGUGAGAAGAAGUUCUCGUGUCCCGAGUGUCCUAAACGCUUCAUGCGCAGUGACCACCUGUCCAAGCACAUCAAGACGCACCUGAAUAAGAAGGGCCCUGGUGUAGUGAGCAGCACAGAUGACGCGGCGGCCGAUCAGCAGACUCUGGCUCCUGUGGACCAGCGGUUAACACCCAGCGGCAUCAGCGUGCUGCAGGUCACAGAUCUGCACUCCAUCAAUCUCAGCAGCAAUGGUUAUUAAUGCACUUGUGUCUGAGAGAUGUGACUGAGCGAUGCAUUGAGACGGCUCCGGGACGGACAGAGCCUCGUCCUCUUCUCUUGUGCAUCCCUUCCAUGUAUAUUCUCAGCUCUCUUUCCCCUCUUUCACCGAUUCCCUGAACUGAAAUUGUGACGCGGUCCCUCAGCGGUCCACUUGAUGUCAAGAAAUGUGGAUACCUUGGGUUAAAACAGAACAACACCAAAAGAAAGAUGGAAAAAACUGUGUGAAAGUGAUAUCGUAGUCUUCUUUUUAAUAGUUUACUCACAAGCCAUCAUGCUUUCAUGUAUUAAUCACGGUAAAUAAGAUGAAAACAAAAAGAUGUGAUGCUUUUUGUACACAAGUUAUAUUUUUUCUAAGUAUGGAGAACUGCAAAUUCUGAAAUGACCUUUGUUUUGUGAACGUAUGAAUUAUUGCAGUCUUAAAUGUCAACAUUUUUAUAUUAAGUAGAUCUUCCGUAACACAUUUUGUAUUGCUUCAGUUCUUUGUCUUGAUAUGCAGAACACAUUUAAGUUACAGGAAAUACAUGCAGUUGCUUAAUGCUAAUUGUCAUGGUUUUCUUGGUCGCUGUGGUCUUAAUGUUUGGUUUCUAGGGGAAAUGUUAACCAGUUCAAAUACAGAUGCCUUAAAGCCUUUAUUUAGAGAGGGCUCUUUUAUGAACUUGAGUUCAAACCAAAGCUCUACACUUUCCUUUACAUGUUAACUCAGGUGAAUGUUACUCUUUUGGUGUAAAGCAUUCAUAAUUAUUAAAUUAAGAUGAACUUCACAAA